AUGAUUCGAUAUAUAGAGGAAAAUGAAGACGAUGGGGGAGAAUGGAGAAGAAGAGCCUGCACAUCUGAGAUCCAGACAGGGUUUAUUCUCUCCUCCUUUGCGACCUUCCUAGGUGGACUGUUCAUCUUAUACCUUUUCAGGCUAAUCAGGAGAUCACUAAUAAAAUGGGAAAACAUCAAGGGAACAGGAAUUAUCUUGAAAUUAGUGACCUCAGAGACCUUCUACCAACCUUACGACAGAAAGCUCCACUUCCGUGGGAUAUUCCGCGAUCGUAUAGAAAUGCUGCUUUCGGCACAGACCUUCGUGGGACAAGUGUUGGUGAUUCUUGUCUUUUUACUAAGCAUUGGGUCUCUCAUAAUCUAUUUCAUCAAUUCUACUGACCCUGUUGGAAGAUGUGCAUCGUACGAGGACAAUACCAUCCCCAUUGAUUUGAUAUUCAAUGCUUUCUUUAGUUUCUAUUUUGGGUUGAGAUUUUUGGCAGCUGAUAACAAGAUCAAGUUCUGGUUGGAGUUGAAUUCCAUUGUUGACAUCUUUACCGUCCCACCGACCUUUAUUUCUUUUUAUCUGAAGAGUAACUGGCUGGGUUUAAGGUUCCUAAGAGCACUACGGCUGCUGGAACUCCCUCAAAUCAUGCAAAUUCUAGGCGCCCUCAAGACCAGUAAUUCAGUGAAGUUUUCCAAACUGCUAUCGAUGAUUUUCAGCGUCUGGUUCACUGCGGCAGGAUUCAUUCAUUUGGUGGAAAAUACUGGCGAUCCCUGGCUCAAAGGCACAAAUUCACAGAAUAUAUCCUAUUUUGACUGCUUCUACCUGGUCAUGGCAACAACAUCAACUGUUGGCUUUGGAGAUGUGGUAGCCAAGACAACCUUAGGCCGAACCUUCAUCAUGGUUUUCACCCUAGGGAGUUUGAUACUAUUUGCAAAUUACGUCCCUGAAAUGGUGGAACUUUUUGCAAACAAGAGGAAAAACACCACUUGCUAUGAAGUGGUCAAAGGGAAGAAGUUCAUUGUGGUCUGUGGAAACAUCACCGUGGAAAGUGUCACUGCUUUCCUGAGGAAUUUCCUCCGCCAUAAGUCCGGGGAGAUCAACACCGAGAUUGUUUUCCUGGGAGAGUCUCCUCCUUCUUUGGAAUUGGAAACCAUAUUUAAAUGCUACUUGGCCUAUACAACGUUUGUUUUUGGAUCUGCGAGGAAGUGGGAGGAUCUCAAGCGAGUUGCGGUAAGAACUAUGAAAUUGUGUUUGAUUUUGGCACCACCUGUAUGCCUGAGUAAAGAAGAAAUGAUUUCUAGUAGAUUAAAUGAAAGAAUGAUAUCCAUCCAAAAGAGCCCUUUUGAUGCAUGUUCAUUCCUAAUUCUUGACCUAUUUUCUAUUAUGAAAUAGGUUUACCUGCCAAAGAUUCCCACCUGGAACUGGAUUACUGGAGACAACAUUAUCUGCUUUGCUGAAUUAAAGCUUGGCUUUAUUGCCCAAGGCUGUUUGGUGCCUGGCUUGUGCACCUUCCUAACAUCUCUAUUUGUUGAGCAAAACAAAAAGAUUUUUCCCAAAAAGUCCUGGAAAAAACUUUUCUUGAAUGGCAUGAAGAACAAAAUUUUUACUCAACGUCUGUCAGACGACUUUGUUGGAAUGAGUUUUCCUGAAGUUGCCCUGCUCUGCUUUAUGAAGAUGCACCUCAUGCUAAUAGCCAUCGAACACAAAUCCUUCAUUCAGAGUGGUUACUGUGGUCUGGUACUCAAUCCACCUGCACAAAUUAGGCUGCAGAGGAACACAGUAGGGUUCUUUAUUGCUGACUCCCUAAAGAAAGUCAGAAGAGCCUACCUUUACUGUUCCAUCUGUCACAGUGAUGUGUAUUCUCCAGAACAAAUAGCAAAAUGUGGCUGCAAAGGCAAGAUCCGACGCCAUAUGACAGUACCUUAGGUGAGAAGGCUUGGUGGCGUGUCAGGAGGAAUCACAUCUCAAAUUUCCCGAAGUUCAAGUCCUCCCAAGAUUUCAUCUAUUAUCUGCUACCACAGUCCCCAGACCAUCAGUCCAUGGAGCACAUCAACAGGGAUUUUUCUAUUUGACCAAGAUACCGACCCGCUGGAUAGCAGUGGGAUGUUUCACUGGUGCAGAUCAACCCCUCUGGACAAGAUGGUUCUGAAACGAACUGAAAAGUCAAAACAUGAGUUCCAGAACCACAUUGUGGCGUGUGUUUUUGGAGAUGCCCAUUCAACCCUGCUGGGGCUUCGUAACUUUGUGAUGCCCUUGAGAACUAGCAACUAUACCCGGCAGGAGCUGAAGGACAUUGUGUUCAUUGGCUCUCUGGAUUACCUGCAGAGAGAGUGGCAAUUUCUCCGGAACUUUCCUCAGGUAUACAUUAUGCCUGGAUCUGCACUCUAUGCUGGAGACCUGCAUGCAGUCAACAUAGAAAAAUGUUUUAUGUGUGCUGUCCUAUGCCCCCCGUCCAAGCCAUCUAGCAGCCAUACUCUGGUAGACACAGAGACCAUCAUGGCCACCCUCAACAUUGGAUCAGUGCGGGUCAACACCUCCUCCAAGCCUUUCUCAGUGGCAGAUAAUAUCUCAAUUUACUCAAAUGAACCUUCUGGAAAAUCAAAACACCGAAGAGUCCCCUUCCUCACUGAACUGAAAAACCCCUACAACAUCCACUUCAUCGAGCAGCUUGGUGGACUGGAAGAGGCCAUGCCAGGGACAGACCUGCAUCUCAGCACGUCCUUUGCGACAGGCACUGUCUUUUCUGACAGUUUCUUGGAUUCCCUCCUGGCCACGGCUUUCUACAACUAUCGUGUCCUGGAAUUACUUCAGAUGCUGGUGACAGGAGGUGUAAGCUCUCAGCUAGAACAACAUUUGGACAAGGAGAAGUACUCCAAUGCUGACAGCUAUACUACAAUCAUGACUGGGAAAAGUCGGUGUAAGCUGGAGCUUCUGCCCUUACACCAAACCAUAUUAUCGGACGUUGAACCAAAAAAGAACUUUGGACAACUGUUCUGUGGCUCCUUAGAUCGUUUCGGGAUCCUGUGUAUUGGCUUAUAUCGCUUGAUAAAUGAAGAGGAGUUGAACCCAGAGUCCAAAAGGGGAGUAUGCUAGUUUGUGAUCACCCGGCCAGAGAAUGAGUUCCUCCUGCUGCCCACGGAUCUCGUGUAUUGUGCCAUCCCUUUCAGCCUAGAUUGUAAUCAGAAGAAGGAUGCUGAGACAGAUGGAAUGCCCUAUGAAACUGUAAAUAUAGAGCCACUGACACCAGAGAAAAGUCCAGAUGCAAAGCAUCCUUCCAAAACUGACAUAAUUAAGGAGACUACAUCACCAACGGUCCAGGUACCAGUCCAGCCUUUGCAGUCCGGCAUUUUUGCACCCAAGCAAGAUGUAUUGAAACAGAGUAGCAAAAACACCAUCCAGUCAUCCCAGGUGCUUCCAGGCAAGAAAGCCUUGGCCCUGCCAGAUGGCACAAACAGGAGCGCCCUGGCCAGUGAGCACCUCGGAACCAAGAAGGGGUAUAACCAGGGGUCUGGUCCUCAUACCCACAUCAGCAGGUAUAACCUGGAGCAUGGUCCUCAUACCCACAUUGGCAGGUAUAACCAGAGGUAUGGUCCUUAUACACACAUCAGCAGGUAUAACCGGAGGUAUGGUCCUCAUACUCACAUCAGCAGGUAUAACCAGAGGUAUGGUCCUCAUACCCACAUCAGCAGGUAUAACUGGAGGUAUGGUCCUCAUACCCACAUCAGCAGGUAUAACUGGAGCAGCCCUAGGAAACGCAUCCAGGGAGCAAUCCUGGGAGACAGUGUAGGAACAGACACCGUUGGAAGUCUCGAUGUGCAGACACCACCACCCGCCUGCACCCAGGGAGCGCGCGGGGUCUCUGAGCAUGCCAUCCAUGCUGCAGUAAGCAGAGAGGAGCUCCCGGAGUUCUGGGCAGCAGUCGGGACAUUCCGCUACCUCCCGGACUUCGUGCAGAUGAGCAGCAGCAAAGAAAGGCAGGCUGUGUAUCAGAGCCUGGGCCCCGAAGGAAAGCAAGAAAGUUUUGACGAACGAGGCUACCUGGAUUUCAACACCAGCAAGGCUGUGGCUCAUAGUCCCAGAACAAUGGUCAGAGAGGGACAAUGUCAAGGAGAGAUGAAGCAGAGCCUCUACGGAGCCAAAGGCCACUUGAGGAACGUUCUUGCUCUCGUGAAAAGCUCAUUCUUGGCUGAAGGGUUCCGCAGCCCUUCCCACGCGCCUACCUCCCUCUUUCUGCCCGACCGCCAGUCCCUGACUGUUGUCAAAGUGGAUCUCAUGGGCCCCAUAAUGUUGGAGAUGGGGAAAAGUGGGAAGGAUGGACAGAGAGAUCACCACAUUUAG